CCUCCCUCCGCUCCGGGGCGGUCUCGGCCGCCGAGCUCGGGCUGCGGCAGCCCGGGGGUGCGCAGCGGCGGCGGGAUGGACUGGCAGGUGCUGACCCGGGAGCUGUCCCUCUACCUGGAGAGCCAGGUCCGCGUGGGGCUCUUCGGCUCCGGCGUGGGCUUGUCGCUGGUGCUGGGCUUCGGCGUCGCCUACGCCUGCUACUACCUCAGCAGCAUCGCCAAGAAACCACAGCUGGUGGCCAGCAACAAACGUUUCUGCCGCUUUCUCGAGGAAUAUUGCCCUGUUGUGACAGAAACUUACUAUCCCACGAUUUGGUGCUGGGAAGGUCGGGUGCAGACACUCCUGCGUCCCUUUAUCACUUCUAGACCCCAAGUACAGUACAGAAAUGAGCUCAUUAGAACAGCAGAUGGAGGACAGAUUUCGUUGGAUUGGUUUGAUAAUAAUGACAGCUUAUAUUAUCCGGAUGCCAGCACAAGACCUACUGUCCUGUUAUUGCCUGGUCUGACAGGAACGAGCAAGGAAUCCUACAUUCUUCAUAUGAUCCAUCAGAGUGAAACGCUGGGAUAUAGAUGCGUGGUUUUUAACAAUCGUGGAAUUGCUGGUGAGGAUCUUUUGACCCCAAGGACUUACUGUGCAGCUAACACAGAGGAUUUAGAGGCAGUUAUUCAUCACAUACACAGCUUGCACCCCUCAGCUCCGUUCAUGGCAGCCGGUGUCUCUAUGGGAGGCAUGCUUCUUUUAAAUUACCUGGGCAAAACUGGCAGAGACACUCCUUUAAUGGCAGCUGCAAUUUUCUCUGCGGGUUGGAAUGUUUUUGAGUCUGUAGAGUCUCUGGAGAAGCCACUAAACUGGCUUCUUUUCAACUAUUACUUGACUACUUGUCUACAAUCCUCCAUCAGCAGGCAUCGACAAAUGUUGGAAAAAUUAUUUGACAUGGAUCUCGUGAUGAAGGCUAGAACUGUUAGAGAAUUUGAUAAACAGUUCACUUCAGUCAUGUUUGGCUACCGUACAAUUGAUGAUUACUAUGAAGACGCUAGCCCAUGUCGCAAGCUGAAGUCAGUAGGAAUUCCAGUGUUAUGUCUGAACUCUGUGGAUGAUGUUUUCUCACCGGGUCAUGCUAUACCAGUAGAAACUGCCAAACAAAACGCAAACGUUGCUUUGGUUCUGACUUCUUGCGGAGGCCACAUUGGUUUUCUGGAAGGAAUAUGGCCAAGGAAGUGCACUUACAUGGACAGAGUCUUCAAGCAGUUCGUGCAAGCUGUGUUUGAGCAUGGAAACAAAAUCUUUAGCAUGUAGCUUUGGACCACUACUGUAGCACAGUGGCACAUUCUGACAAGGGCAGUUAAGCUUAAUGCACAAAUUUUAACUACUGUAAGCCAGCAAAUGGAUGAAGUCCAUUAGUACAUGCAAAAAUAUUUUUUGCCUAAGAUUUUGUAGCAAGAAACUAAAUAUUAUGUUGUCACUUUUGUAUUUAUUUUUAAUAUGCCUUACUAAGAAUGACCUUAAAUGAAACAGUGUUCUGCAUACAUCAAAUUGCACUUAACCAAAACCAUCAAUAGCUUGUAAUUCCUCAGGAUUUUAAUUUAAACUACUAUAUUUAGGAGAUGUAAUGUAGAUGGCUUUUAAUAUUAGAAUGGCAACACUCAAGAUAGCAUUUAUUAUCCUGUCACACGUAGUUAAAGUUGAUCUAUUCCUUAGGUGAAAAUCUUAAAAUAUGAAAACAAAAGGAAGGAACAGGAAGAAGCACUGGUUCUUCAAAUAAGUCUAAAUUGCAGCAUCCUAUUCCGUAGCAUUAGACUGAUCUGCUUUUGCUAUUUUACCCUGAGAGUAUCGGGAUUUAGGGCUAGCUACUGUUUUUUAAACUAUGUCAAUGCCAUAUCCAUUUUACAUGAUUUUUUAAACAGUUUAUUUAUAGUGUUUACAUAUAACCAAAAGAUUCCUUUAAAACAGUACUGUAAUAACUUAUGUAAUUGAAAGACAUUUUGCAUUUCAAUGUUUGUGUAUAGCCGGGUGUUACCAUAUAUGUAAUACAUACUUCAUAUAACUGGUAAUUUCAAUUACUCUGUCUGUUAUGUUUAUAUUACCCUGCGAGAACAUGUCUGUUUUAAAGAAUAAACAUUACAGCAUUAGGAAACUAUCAUAAAGUCUGUUUUAAAUUAAAAAAAAAAAUAAUCUGAACCCAUUGUCUGUGCUACUGUUUCAGAUAAUUUCUAAAAGGGUUUAACAAACUGUUUAAAGAAAGGUGGGAGCUGGGGGGUGGUCUCUCUGGUUUGCUGUUUGAUUCUUUGUCAGCACUUCGGCAAGAGGUGGUGACAUCAGUGUUCUCCUCAGCCCUGCAGCAGAGCGAGAGCUAAAGCGGGUCCCUGAGGGAAAAGGACAGUGAGACGCAUUUUGAAGCUGCUGGGAAGUCCUAAUUUAGGGCAUGUUGAAAUUAAAUCCUUUAACCAGCUUCCAUGGAGGACCCCUCUCAUUCUGCUGUCAGAUUUGGGCCUAGCCACACAAGAUCAGGCAGUAAAAGUGCAAAGGCGUCCUCGUUUCUAUGUUUUGAGCGGGGUCAGUACCACAAUAAAAUGUGGAUAAAAAAGCAAGUCAGGUCUUCUGUCACAAGCAGUAUGUGAACAGUCCUCUUGCGAGGCAUGUUUCCUAGUAACAGCAAAGGCAAAGGAAGAACAAAAAUACAUUUUGUCUUUAGAAGAAGAAGAAAUCAGGACAUGCUAUAGAAAAGCUAGUUUUGUAAGGUGGAAGGUUAAAUUAAAAAUCAAAAAGUGCUUUUAGGUUGUGACUUUUUAGGGCAAGGCAUUGGUCCUUGUGCAAAUAAUAAAAUCUAAAUUCUUCCCUGAUAAGGAAAAUGAGAAAAGUGACUUGUAAAAGUGAAACAAAGUUUUGUGCAUGUUGCUACAGCAGAUGAAAUCAUAGUAUUAGUAGGGUGCCUUAUUCAUCCUUACGUUCAUUUUCAUUAAAAGUUAUGUUCCCGCA